UCUUCAUGACGAAGCCCCGUAUAUAUUUUAUAUUUAUAAACAUCAUCAUUAGCAAGCUACGUUCAUGAUCAUUGAGUGCGCCGUCGCAGAUCAAGAAUGAUGUCGUGCCGGCGUUUAAGUUAAAUGAAUUAUAAUUAUUCGUAACAGUUAAUCAAAUAAACGUUACUGUCAGUGAUUGUGUGAGAUUAUAUUUUGGAACUAUCAAUCUAUAAUACUUUAGUGAACAUGUCGAAUAGUUACAACAUGAAGGAGUUUAGUUCAACAGCUGUAAUCACCGAUAAUGGACAAUUUUACCCUUCAACAAUCUCAAUCAACACAAUCAAUACGAAACAUAAAGAAGAAGAAGAGGCUAAUCAUGGAUAUAAUCCUUUUGAGCACAGAAAAUUAGAACAUCCAAAUUCAGACAUGAGAUCUUUUGCAAAUCUCUUAAAGUCGUCAUUGGGUUCCGGUAUAUUGGCCAUGCCAGCAGCAUUCAAGAAUGCUGGCUCUUUAGUUGGUAUCUUCGGUACAAUUAUUUUGGGUUAUAUUUGUACGCAUUGCGUCUAUUUACUGGUAAAAACAUCACAAGAUGUGUCCAGAGUCGCGAAAACCCCCUCAUUAGGAUAUGCUGAAACAGUAGAAGCUGUUUUCGCCACAGGACCUCAACCACUAAGAAAAAUUUCAAAGGCCUCUAGAAUAUUCAUAGACUGGGCUAUGGCUUUUACGAUACUUGGAGCAUGUGCAGUUUAUGUCAUUUUACUCGUAGAUUCCGUAAAACAGAUAAUCGAUCACUUUUAUGAAGACAAUGGCAUCAAUACAGUUAUGUACUGUCUGAUGUUUUUGGUACCAAUUCUCAUAUUCACACAAAUCAAGAAUCUCAAGUAUUUAGCUCCUUUCUCUGGUUUUGCCAACAUAUUGUUGGUGUUAACCUUCAUUAUAUGUUUAUAUUACAUAUGUAGCGAAUUUCCAGAUGUAUCGACUCGGCCAUCAUCGGUCGAUAUCGGAAAGCUACCUUUGUUUAUCGGUACAGUAAUCUUCGCCAUGGAGGGUAUAGGCGUGGUGUUGCCAGUAGAGAACACAAUGGCAAAACCUGAGCACUUCUUGGGAUGUCCUGGAGUGCUCAAUAUUACUAUGACUGUCGUGGUUCUCCUAUACAUGGUAAUGGGAUUCCUAGGAUAUAUACGCUACGGAGAUGAAGCUCAAGGCAGUAUCACUCUGAAUUUACCUACUGGUAAAAAUGAAAUUCCUGCAUUAAUGGCAAAAUGUUUCAUCGUGCUCGCCAUAUUUUUCACCUACACACUGCAAUUCUACGUGCCAAUGGAGAUCGUUUGGCGAAAUGUUAAAGAACGCGUUGCUAAGAAAUACUAUAAUAUAGGUCAGGGUGUCAUGAGAGCGUUUUUCGCAGCACUAACUGUGGCUGCAGCGGCGACGUUACCAAGAUUAGAACAAGUUAUUGGGCUGGAAGGGGCAUUUUUCUACUCGUUCCUUGGCCUUAUUGCGCCAUCUGCGCUGGACCUGAUAUUUCACUGGGAGAGGGGCCUCGGCAAAUACAAGUGGAUACUGAUUAAAGAUGUGUUCUUAAUACUUUUUGGAACAUUUGUGCUUGUCACAGGAGUGACGCAAAGUAUUCGGGAGAUAAUUAGGACUAAUAAUUCUCAGUAACAAUGAUUGUGUUAUUUCGUAAAUAUGUAAGACGAUUACAGUAUUGUUACAGUAAUGGUAAUAACCAUACUCGUGUUAAAUAUUAUUACCCAUGUGAUUUGUUAUAAUAAAUUUGUUUUAUCUUAAGCUUUACUUAAUAAUAAUAUUUUUAUA